GUUUGAUCUCAAAAUGGGCUUUCAGCAUCACAGAACCCCCAAGAACCGCAUUGUCGGUACCAUCAAUUAUUUCCGUCAGAAUGGCUUACUUGGCCAAGGCCGGCUCUUCACCAAAGAGAGUGUCUUUCAACACCAUGGUGUAAGCCAUACAACGAGCCACCGAAUCCUCCAACGUAUAGCCGAACACCCAGAAAGCCGAACCUUCCACAAUACCCACGCAGAAACCCCGGGCCGAAAAAAGCUACUCGAUAACGAAGCCCUCAAACAAACCGAACGGUACAUUAAACAAGGGGGGUUCGAAGGUCGUACACUACCUUGGAAAGCAAUUCCAGCCGCGGCUGGGCUCGACAUUGAUGUCUCGGCUUGCACUGUUCAUCGGGCGCUCCGGGAGCUGAACUUUCACAAAUGCAUUGCUUGCGAACGGGAGUACCGGUCAAUACGUCGCAAGGAAAACCGGCUAGAAUAUUCCAGUAUGAUGCUUGAGAGGUACCUCGAGCCGAAGGAUUGGUACCACGUUCGGUUCUCUAAUGAGAGCCAUUUUGGCUGGGUUCCCAGGAGUAAGAUUUGGGUCCUCCGGAGGCCAUAGGAGCGGUACUGCCCGGACUGCAUUGUCGAGAAGAACGAUAACACACUUAAGGAAUGGGCGCAAGAGGGCUGGGGUGCACUAAAACAGGAGACUAUUAACCGUUGGGUGGAUGAAAUCCCUACUAAGCUAAAGAAAUGUAUAGAGGCC